UCUGGAUUAGAAGGGGGAAGGUGCCUGGCGCUGCCUGUGAGCUGCCAGGGCAAGGGCUUCCAGAGACAAGGAGAAGUUGGAUGCAUACACGAGCUUACUCUGUGGAUUUUGCGAGCGAGGUGUCACCCAGGCGCGUUGCUGCAGGUAGCAGGGCCCCAAUGGGUGGGGCGUCCCUGUAAUUCAACACUCCCCCGCCACUGGGAAGGGGGCCUGUUUGGGAGGAUGGGCAGUGGAAGAUAAAAGAGGACAAAAGAGGAAGAGCGAGGGAGAAAGAGAGGCGGAAGAAGUGAGAAGAGCUGGGAGAUGUAGCCGUGUGAUGUUUCUGUGUGAGGGGACAUGGGAGCUGUGCUCAGCUGGGUGCUCGUGCGCGCCUGUGCUUUGGUUUGGGAUGCAGGUGCGCUCACGGGGCUCUGGAGUGUCCAGGACGCCCUCGAGGACUCUGUGAAUGACACCGAUCGUUUAGAGGACGGAGACGUGGGCCUGGACCCUCCGGAAUGGGGCAAGCGGACGCAGGACACCAGGGACGAGUACUUCGACUCCGCCCCGUGGCGCGGUGAGACCUUCUCGGACCUCUGCGCCGACGGCGACGACCACUUCCCCACACUCCUGGGAGCCGAGGACCCGUACCUGGGAUGGCGACUGGACAACAGCUUCCACCGGGUGGAGUGUAGGUCGCGGCCCAGGGAGAGGCGACCGCCCAGUAGAGGCAGCACAGAGACAGAGGACGCAAAGACUCCCGGCGGAUGCGGUCUAGAGGCACAUGAACAGCACAGCACAGACCCUCGCAGUGCAACUACACAGGCCACAGAGCGUCACAGCGGGCACAACAUAGAAUCACUCAAAAGGCACGACACAGAGGCACACAGCACAGCGGCAUACAGCGAAAAAAACACAGAGAAGGACAGCGGAGAGACACACAGCACAGAAACACACAGUGUGCACGACGCAGGUACAGAAAGAGUGACAAAUAGUAUCGAGACACACAACACAGAAGACAGGAGAAACCAUAUAGAAACACGCAGGAGGGAUAGCACAGAGACACAGAGAACCGCAGAACACAGUGAAAACAGCACAGAAGCACCCAGGAGGGACUGCACAGAGGCACACAGCACAGAGGCACCCAGUGAACACUACACGGAGACUCUCAACGGCCACACAGAGCCCCGGGAGCAUACGUGUCCUGCCAGUCUUCAGUUGCAGACAGCACGUGAGGACAUAUGUUCUGGCUGUGCGACGGAACAGACUGAACUUUCGGGGCCAGAUAAGGCCGUAAACAGGAUCGGCCUUAAAGCGUCGUCAGAGGAGGCUGGACUUCCUCUCCUAACUGCUGCUGUUGCUGACCCCGUGAGAGAGGAAGCCCAGUUUGAGUGCGCCGGGGUGACCCGACGGGGCUUUGAGUCUGAGGACGCAGCAGAAGUCUGCCAGCUUAUCUCGGAUGUCCUGGGGUCGCUGGACGAGAGCACAGAGGAGCCGAGCGAGACUGCAUCUGGGGAGAGCCCGCGCGAUGUGGGGGAGGGGGGUGCUCCAGUGAGCCAGCCGUGCUCUAAACCGUGCAGAAAGGUCAGCGCCGACGGGCAGCCGGAGGAGCGCCCUCUCUCCCCCCGCAGGGACGGUGAGGUCGUUAGCUCCGUCUGGUCUGGUCCCGCGGCUUCCUCGGAGCUGACGUCAGAGACCUCAUUAGGAGAGCGGAGAGAAGUCUCUGUGCAAGCCACACCAGAGUGUCCUGGGAAGCACGGCCUUGUUUCUGUUCGCCUCACACACCGCACAGAACACGCCUGCAGCCCCUCAGAACCACACAUAGACGCAUCAGAGGUUUCCCACUUAGCCAAUGAGGGCGAGCCCAGCAGCAUCCUCACAGACUUUUCCUCCGAGCUCCGGUGUGACCCGCACACGAACUGUGAGCUAACUGUGCUGAGUCACUCAGACCUGACGCCAGAAACAGGGGAGGGGUCCGCCGUCACCCCGGCAGAACCCGAACAUGUGAAUGAAUUCAGUGGCCUCAAAGAUGCCGACUGUUCUUUCCCUGGGGACGUUAUAAGCAGCAGUGCCUCAGAUCUGGAUGAUAUCCCAGUGCGGAGAAUAGAGAUCACGUUAGGUACCCACUCCAGUUUGUGCAAGCAGGUCCAGUCUGGUCUGGACCAGCUAGAGCCGAACAGCGUGUCCAAUCAGCACUGUUACACCUCAUCCGAACAGCACUCUGACUCAAACAACAACACCAAGGCUGCUUUUGAGCCACACUCCAGUGGUCCUCUCAACCACACGGUUCCUCCACAGGGACCGCUGCUCACGGUCGCAGAGCGGUCAGGGGAUUGCUUCUCAGAUGAGGUGGACAGUCACUCUGGGGACUGUGACAAAGCCGAAGUCGCAGCUCUGAGCCCCGGCCCCAGAGCGCUUCAGGAGAUCAUAGACGGGGAUGCCGGGUCUUCUGCCGAAACUGUGGUGGUAGAGGAAACUCCCAGGGCUCUCGACCCCAUCUCUGAGCUGGCCUGCAGUGACUUUGACGUCAUCUACUGUGAGCUUGACCCAUCUGAAGUGGAGGAGUUGGAGAGGCUACACCAGCAAGGGGUUCUGACAGACAGGGAAGCUGCAGCCAGUGAAGACCCUCUCACAUACAGUGCCAUCCCCCCCCAGCAAACAGAUGCUCAGUGUGGAGACUGUGUGGAGGAUAACAGCAUUGACAGGGUCGGGGGGAUCCUAGGCUCCCAGCUGAACCAGCAGGACAGUGACCCAGAGAGCUCUGGAGACCAAAGACUUGAAUCUUUAGCCUGUUACCUGGAGACCAGGGGUAUACUUUUGCACACAGUGGAAACGGAGGAAGAGGGGCAAGCCUCUGCUUUAGCGAGGGAGUCUAUAAGUAGUGAAAGCCCCAGCUCUUCAGAGUUUAGAGACUGCAUUGUAGCUGAAGAGCACGCUGAAUCAAUUCACCCUAGUCCACAGUCACAACAGGAAACUGCAGCUGUAGUGAAACAGCCAUACCAAGACGUUCAUUUGAAUUUGCCCUCAGGUAACAGUCUUGAGCCCAUUUUAGAGUCAGAUCGCCCUCAAGAUAACUGCUUUGCUGCGGAGGAUGACAUCAGUGAAGAGGAGGGGAGGAAAGUGACAGCCAGCACUGGAUGCGAAACUAAGGACAGAGCCACUAGUGGUAUUUCCUCAGACAGAUCGACAGACCUCCACCAUCCAGAGAGUAUUUGCGUAGAGUCAUCCAGCGCAGACUCUGAAAAGCAGCUGGGUGCCAGUGGUCCUGAUCAUGAUGAAAGGAAGGCCAUGACCCCUCUGCCCAACGGGGAUAUAACCAAUGAGAGACACCGCAGCCCCACUGUAGUCUCACAGGACCUGGACACCAUCAGCACCAACAGCGAGGAGACGGACGAUAACCCCGCCUCUUUCCCGGGCAGCAACACAAGCCUCCACAAAGUCGUGAAGAGCAAGCCGGCGAAGGGCAAGUUCUCUGUCUUCUCCAAGAUGCCCUCGUUCAGGAAGGGCAAGGGUGGGGCCAAGGGUAAGAAGGACUCCCAGGACGGGGGCGCUGAGCGGGGAGAGGACGUCAGGGAGGGCACGCUGGUGUACAAAGUGCACUCCCCCUUCUACAGGUCGCACCUGUCCCACGGCGCGGCGCAACCGAGAGAGCCGGACCGGCAGGGCGAGAACUCGGAUGACGACGUCUUCGACAAGGACGACGUCCUCAACCAGACGGUGCAGAGGGCCUUCGGGGGUGGCAGGUGCGAGGAGGAGUACGGCUUCUGCCCCUCCACACCCCGCACCCGGCACGUCCGGCAGCUAUCCCAACAGGGCGGUCGCGACGGGGACGGCGGCAGCAGCCCCGAAACGCCUCAGUCCACGCCCCCGCCGCCGCACGAGGGCCCGGGCUACAAGCGGAGCAAGAGCAGUGACAGCCUGAGUCUGCGGCUGAGGUUCGCCCAGGCCCACAAGUCCCUGUCCAGCUUCUUCGAGUCCAAAGCUGCGGACAGGGAGCAUGAGGAGGAGGAGGGGCAGCCCAGGGCAGAGGGUGAGAAGAGGGCCAAACACGCCCGGAGGAAGCUGAUGCGGGCCAAGGAGGCGGAGGCGCUGAAGCGGGCCCUCUCAGCGUCGGACGCGGAGAACUCUAAGCCGGCCCGCUGGAGCCACGGUGACCACGCCCCCCGCUCUACGUGGGAUGGGCCCAGCCCCCAGGGCUCACCCACCAGCCUGCGGGCGGCGUGCCACACCGACCCCCUGAGCAAGAAGGGCGUCUCUGUGCAGGACGGGACGGGGGAGUCUUCUCAGGAGAGCCGGUCCGAGGGGAGGAGGAGGCGGGGCCUGCCCAACGGGCUGCCCCUCAGCUGCCCGUCGCCCGACUCCAGCCCACCCUCCUCGGAUGACUCGGAGGUCACCCCCCUGGAUGAUUCCACCCCCCUCUCCCCUGCGGCGGCCCAGGCGGGCCAUCUUACACCCAGCGGGGCACGCCCUGUGAGCUCCUUCGAGGGAGCAGACAUCCCCAUCAGACCCAUGAGCCCGAAACCCCAGAGUCCCCGGCCUGGGGGGCAGCGCAGAAGUUUCCGUUACCCCUCCUCCCGGGCCAGCGCCAUGUCCCUCGUCCUGCUGGGGCAGGGGGUCAGUGUGGAGGGGCUCUCGGACCCCCCUGAGAAGCCAAAAACACUGAAGCCUAGGGUGGCCCCGCUCCUCUCCUCAAACCUCCCGGACACGGACUACCAGCGUGAAGACAGCGGGGUGGGCAGCCAGUCCCAGAUCAGCCUGGUCACCUCCAUGUCCGUCAAUGAGCUUGAGCUGACGCAGGACUGUAGCACAGCGGUGAUCCAGUCUCUGGAGAGGGCGGAGAGGAUGAGGAGAGCGCGCUCCGAGCUGGGCGGCUUCGCCACGCUCCAGCGGCAGACGCCGGAGGCCGGGCUGGGCGCCGUGGGGGCGUGGCGAGGGGCGGGGCGGCGGCGCUGCUGCUCGGACGACCUGUGGAUCGAGGAGGAGAAGAACCGCAAGAGGAAGCUGGCGAGGGCUGUGCGGGCCAGCCUGAGCAGGCUGAGCGGCCAGCCGCCGGAAGAGCUGGAGAAAGCACGCACCCGGCUGUCCCUCACCUCCGUGGAGGCCUUCCCUGCCCUGACUCUGCCUCUCAAGGCCCACUGCUUCUCCCUCAGCACCCCCAUCGGCCUGGACUGCCUGGGCUGGAGACGCCGCUUGUCUUUUCCCUCGGUGGUGAUUCCUGACGGGGCGCCGGACAAGAUUGGCCUGGGCGAUGAUUUGGGCAGUGAGGAGGACCUGUACGAGGAGUUCCGCAGCUCCGGCCAUCGGUUUGGACACCCCGGAGGAGGAGGGGAGCAGCUGGCUAUUAACGAGCUGAUCAGCGAUGGCAGCGUGGUCUACGCCGAGGCCCUGUGGGACCAUGUCACCAUGGACGACCAGGAGCUGGGCUUCAAAGCCGGUGAUGUCAUCGAAGUAGUUGAUGCUACCAAUAAGGAGUGGUGGUGGGGUCGGAUCCUUGACAGCGAGGGCUGGUUUCCAGCCAGCUUUGUUCGGUUACGCGUGAACCAGGAUGAGCCCAUGGAGGAGUACGUAGCCAAGCUGGAGGACUCUCGUGAGGAGGACAGCGCCACCAUGGGGCGGCUGCUGGGGCCAGGCCUGCCCUGCAAGGAGCAGAUGAGGGCCAAUGUCAUCAACGAGAUCAUGAGCACAGAGAGGGACUACAUCAAGCACCUGAAGGACAUCUGCGAGGGCUACAUAAAGCAGUGCCGGAAGAGGACGGACAUGUUCAACGAGGAGCAGCUCCGCACCAUCUUCGGCAACAUUGACGAGAUCUACAGGUUCCAGAAGAAAUUCCUCAAGGGCCUGGAGAAGAGGUUCAACAAGGAGCAGCCCCACCUGAGUGAAAUCGGCUCCUGCUUCCUAGAGCAUCAAAUGGAUUUCCAGAUCUACUCGGAAUACUGCAACAACCACCCCAACGCCUGCCUCCAGCUCUCCAAGCUCAUGAAGGUCAACAAGUAUGUGUUCUUCUUCGAGGCGUGCCGCCUGCUCCAGAAGAUGAUCGACAUCUCGCUGGACGGCUUCCUGCUCACCCCUGUGCAGAAGAUCUGCAAGUACCCCCUGCAGCUGGCCGAGCUGCUCAAGUACACCAACCCCCAGCACAGGGAUUAUAAGGACGUGGAAGCUGCCUUAAAUGCCAUGAAGAACGUUGCCAGGCUGAUCAACGAGAGGAAGCGCCGUCUGGAGAACAUUGACAAGAUCGCCCAGUGGCAGAGCUCCAUAGAGGACUGGGAGGGUGAAGAUAUCCUCAGCCGGAGCUCGGACCUGAUCUUCUCGGGGGAGAUGACGAAGAUCUCCCAGCCCCAUGCCAAGAGCCAGCAGCGCAUGUUCUUCCUCUUCGACCACCAGAUGGUCUACUGCAAGAAGGACCUGCUGCGUCGCGACAUACUCUACUACAAGGGCCGGAUGGACAUGGACCACAUGGAAGUGGUGGACGUGGAGGACGGCAAGGACAAAGACCUGAACGUGAGCGUGAAGAACGCGCUCAAGCUGCGGUCGCCGGGCGGCGAGGAGGUCCACCUGCUGUGCGCCAAGAAGCCUGAGCAGAAGCAGCGCUGGCUGCGCGCCUUCGGCGACGAGCGGGGGCAGGUGCAGCACGACCGCGAGACAGGUUUCGCCAUCACAGAUGUCCAGAAGAAGCAGGCCAUGCUGAACGCUUGCAAAAGCCACCCAGCAGGGAAGCCUAAAGCUGUGACCAGGCCCUACUAUGACUUCCUGUUGCGACAGAAGCACCCCUCGCUCCCCAGCACCCUGCCCCAGCAGCAGGUCUUCAUGCUGGCCGAGCCCAAGCGCAAAACCUCCAACUUCUGGCACAACAUCGGGAGGCUGACGCCCUUCAAGAAGUGAGGAAGGGAGAGAAGGGAGCAGUGUUCGUGCCUGAACUUACCUUUGCAUUCAUUUCCAUUUUUUUUCCUUAUCCUUAUUGUUAUUGGUAUAAGAAUUACUACAAUGAUGAUGAUUUUUUUGUUUUUGUUUUUUUUUUUCCUCUGAGAAAGCACUUUAUAGGUUGGUUACAAUCAGACUUGGAGAUUGGCUCCCGGACUCUGUUUAUAUUUUGGGAGGAUGUUAUCUGCUUCUCUUUAGCACUAGGACUACAGUACGUCUGCUACUUCAGUUAGAGCUGCACCUAUUAGCACUAAUAUUACUACAGCUCCAAGUGGUCACCUGACACUUCUGCAGCUUUUCUUUCUUUGAAAGACUUAAACUGAAGGAAGGAUUUUUUUUCUCAGUGUUUCCUUUUUCCAGCAAAUGCCAACCGUUCACAGUGCCAGAUCAUUUAGCUUUUUGUAUUUUCUUAUUUCAUGUGGACUGUGUUAGCAUUCAAGAUGAAAAAAGGGUUCCGCUCAAUGCAGAUUUCCAUAUUUAUGGGACAUUUUACUGGAUGCGAGCAUUUCAAGUCAGUUUAUUCUCAAGGGAUUUGGGGCAACUGGUUCUGACAUUUGUCACUGUAUGCAAAUGUCUAAAGGAAGGUAUGGAUCCCAAAGAUUUUGUCCAGCACAGUAUAUGUGAAGUUCAAUGGUAAACACUGCAUACCCGAGCCCCACAUCUAACGUGGUUCCCGGUCAUUUGAAAUAGCUUUUUAUUGUGUUUCUGUAGCCUUACCCACAAAUCCUGUUAUGUGUUCACAGUUAACUUCUUUUUCUGAAGUGCCAUUCAGCACAUCAUAAGGAAAUGUAUUUGGGAUUUGCACGGAUUGCUUUGAAACAAGGUGUUAACAUUGUUGUUUUUCUUUUUUUAUCUGAAUAAAACCUCCUCAAUCACA